CCAUGGAUCCGGGCUGGCGGCGGGAGCAGCGGGAGCAGCAGCGGAGGUUGCAGAGGCUGCGGGAGGAGGCGGCGGAAUACUACCGAGAGCAGGGAGUCCCGCAGAGGCUGGAGGAAACGCUCAACGCUCUCUUCCCCCUCCGCCCCGCGGAUCUCUACGGGGAGAUGGCUAACUACUUUUCUAAAUUUUCAAAACCUCCAGUAAUAUGCAGAGUAGUUGGAAGAAAAGUUCUUGAUGGACUUGGUCUGCCAACAUUAGAAGUGGAAAUUCACUGUACAGUUAAAAACUAUGAGAAGAGACUUAGUUCCAUUGUAAUAUCUUCUCACUUUCAAGUCCUUGAAAAUGCUUUACCUGAAACAGCUGAAGCUGAAGAGAAAGAAAGAAAUGACUCUGUUAACACUGCUGUGAAAUGGGUGAAUGAAUCACUGAACACAAUGUUGAGAGACUUGGAGCCCACUGACCAGUGUCAAGUUGACAAAAUGCUUGGUGAGUAUUUUACAACAAAGGUAGAAGAACAAAAAGCAAGUCAAAAGCAAGAAGAAACAACAGGAGCAGAUGCCACUCUUGCCCCUCCUUCAUGCACUCCAUCAGCAACAUCACUACCUGGAAAAAAAAAAGCAUCAAAACCAGGAAAGAAGAUGUCAGUUGUAGAGAUAAUGAUUCCACCUGCAGAACCUGCUGAAUCAGUGCUUUGUGGCAGCUCAGCCAUUGGGGCAACAUCACUUGCUGUAGCUAAGGCUGGUGCCACCAUUAGCCAUAUCCCAUUGUACUUACAUAUUGCACAGCUGAAACAUGAUCAGGAAUCACCUAAGGAAAUGACUCUACCAAUCCCCAUGUUUAACCUGUUGAACAGUGAAAAAAAUUCAUCUGCAAAACUGAGAUUAGUGAAAGAAGUUAUGCUUAUACCACCAGUUCAGUUAUCAAUUGAACAGGGCAUAGAAAGAGUUCUGGAUAUUAAUAAAGAAAUGGUGACACUGUUGGAUCCUCCAGAAAAAGCGGCCAGUUCUCAACAAGCAGAUGGUAAGAAAGGCAAAGCACGUAGUGCAGAGAAGAAAGCUCCGCCACGAGCCUUGAAAAGAAUAUCACACUUGGGUUGCCUGGUAAUAGGAAGUGAUAAUAUAGAACAAAUGCUACUCCUAAUACAAAAAGCUUGCACUAAAGCAGGGCUGGAGCUAGGAACAGACAUGUAUUUAGCAAUAAAUUGUGCUGCUCAUGAAUUAAUGGAUUAUGCUAAAGGAAAAUAUGAAACCCUCACUGGAACCUUCAAAAGUCCUGAUGAAAUGGUUGACAUGUAUGUGGACCUGAUAAAGAAAUUUCCUUUUAUUAUUGCAUUAAUAGAUCCCUUAAGAAAAGAGGACCGAGAGCAAUGGAAUAACAUCUGGUGUGCUCUUCAUUCCAAAUGUUACUUGAUUGCUGAAGAUGCUGCCACAAACAUUUCCAGACUUAAAACUGAUGAAAACAUAAACCUACCAACGUGCAGUGGUGUUGUCCUAAAACACAUUAAUGAAACCAAGGUAUCAGACCUCAUAGAACUCACUGGACUUCUGGAUGAUCAAAAACAUAUUACCAUAUUAGGAAGUCCAGAUGGAGAAUCUUCUGAUGAUAGCCUUGUGGAUCUGGCUGUUGGACUGGGUGCCAGGUUUAUCAAGUUGGGAGGUCUUUUGCGGGGAGAAAGGGUGACCAAAUGCAACCGCCUGCGUGCUAUAGAGGAAGAGCUGACCAAGAAUGGAACACUACGUGAAGCAAAACUUGACUUUCCUGCUCUUGCUGAAGAAUCAUAUAGAAAAAAAGAAGUUUCUGGUCUACCUUCUCCUCCCAAGCAGGGUUUGUUGCCUUCACAGCUCUCAGCCACCCCUGAAGGUUCAGAACCUGCUCAGCUCCCAGAGAACAGCACACUGACCUAG